AUGUACUUAGAUUCAAACAUCUGCAUCCCGGGCACAGGGGCGUCUGCUGCUCUGCGCAAGCGUGUCCGAAGACCUGCCUUGCUGAAGAGGCUGAUGACCGCAGAAGAGUUGGCCCCUCUUUUCAAUAACGAUGAUUAUAUUGGAUGGUCUGGCUUCACAAAUGUUGGAUACCCCAAGACCGUUCCAACUGAUCGCGCGGCGGUACCCCCAUCAGUGCGUCUUUUCUUUGUACCUCCUUUCUCCGACACCCCACUCACUUCCAUUCCCAAUGAACCAAUAGUGUUUCCACAAGAUCUCACAUACGGCUACUACUCCCUCCGCCGCAAUCACGGGGACCCAUCCAAGCCUCUGGACUGGGCCAUCGUCGAAGCGACCGCCAUUACUGAAGAGGGAGGUAUCGUCCCCGGUGCGUCAGUGGGGGUGACACCCUAG